AACUCAAAGAGGGAGGUAGUACGAUUUAACGAAUACAAAAACUCACUAAACACAGUACGAUUUAAAGAAUAUAACAAUGCAGAAAAAUUACAUUACAAAAUUGUUCGUUCUAAUGUGCUUUAUUUGCAUAGCAAAUACACAACAAUGUACCACACCAAACAACACACGAGGCAGUUGCAUCAAUAUAUUUAGGUGUAAGGUCCUUUACGAUAUUUACCAAAAUCCAUUUUCAACAAAUUAUCAACAAACAUAUCUAUCGCUUAGUUAUAAUAAUUGUGGAGCCCAAAUGGUUUGCUGCCCCAUGGAGCAACCAAUAUCAUCAACUGAACAUUACUUCGAUUAUACAACAACAAGACGACCGGUUAUAGCACAACCAAAAGCAAAUGUAUCACCAUGUUCAACGCUUGAAUACAGACGAGGCUAUUGCACCUACUUAAAUUAUUGUCCUAUCCCUUACAGCUUAUUUUCAAAUCAAUAUACUUAUCAUAACUUUUUACGAAAUAUUAACACUUGUGGAUCCGACUUCUAUGGAAACCAAUGGGUAAUUACGAUAAAACCAAUCUCUAUCCCAAACUGUUAUAUUUCAACAAGUUAUUGCAAGGUAUGUUGUGCUGAUGCUUCGACAGAACCACCGACAGAACCACCGACACAACCACCGACACAUUCUGAUUUAUUACCUCAACCUGGUGUGGAUUGUGGAAUACAGUUGUAUAACCGUAUGGUCCAUCGAGAAAGUGCAGAAAUCGCAGAGUACCCUUGGCAUGCAAUGAUCGGAUAUAGGAAUCAAUAUGGCGACACGCAUUUUCAUUGCGGUGGUGUUCUAAUUAAUAAAAACUACGUUCUAACAGCCGCACGGUGCAUGAAUAGUCGCUCGUUACUCGUUCGACUUGGUGAAUGGGAUACAACAACUGACCCAGAUGAGGAAGAUGGCCAAAAGGCGGAUCCAGUUAAAGACAUCCAAGUGGAAAAGCGUAUUAUACAUGGAAGGUACAAUGGACAAACGAAGCAAAAUGAUAUUGGUCUCCUGCGUUUAGCCGAGUCGGUUUCAUAUUCGAAUUGGAUAAGACCAAUCUGCUUACCCACAUUAAAAGAGCUUAUCGAUAAAGACUAUAAUGGAGAAUUUCUGAAGAUUUCGGGAUUUGGCCAAACAGAGAAUGAGAAUAUGAGUACUCGUAUGAUGAAGGCUGAACUCGAUUUUAUGCCGUUUAAUCAAUGUUACAAUAAGUAUCAAUCAGAGGGUAUUACUUUGACAAAUAAACAAAUGUGUGCUGGUGUUAACACAAAAACUCGUUCGUGUAAAGGCGAUUACGGCGGGCCACUUAUGGCACAGCAUACUAAUCGAAGACUCAGCUAUUAUUAUUUGGUGGGAAUUAUUUCAUUUACAGCAAAAUCGUGUUCACAGCCUGAAUGGCCCGGAGUUUAUACGAGAGUGGAUCAAUACAUUGACUGGAUAAUAUCCAACAUAAGACACUGAAUAUUGAGCUAUCAAUCGAAGCAUCGGAUUCAGCAAAAUAAAUAUAUAUGUUUUACUUUUCAUGAAUCUUGAAAUAUUCCAAUUCAAAACUAAAAAAAAGUCUCUUUUGACUUUCAUCGCUUUUUUAAGUGAUACUUUUAAUUUUUCCUUAAUAAAAUGAAAACACUUGCAAAUUA